GGCUGUUGAUUUAGGCAGGAACGCGCCGUUGCAUGUUUAGCUCCGGCUUUGGACCACCCAAGUUCCUUCGCUUGCGGGAAUGGACCAUCUCACGAGAAUGGCGUUCGGAAUGAGGCCGUUUGAUGCCUAGAAUCCUUUCAGGGGCAGUUGUUAUAAAAUCUUGGCAAUCUGUCGAUACAGUGGUUGAGCAAAUAGAGCCUCACUUGUCGCGUAUCAAACUCCUUGUGUCGAUCUAUCACGUUCAAUCGCUUUCAAGAUUCAGUCGCUUCAAGAUGUCGUCCCUCGCUAAGUUUAUCGCGGCUGCUGCCGUUGGCAUCGCCAUGUCACCAUUCGUCUCAGCCGCCGGGAACGUCACGGUCAAGGAGCUUACCGGUGGCUGCUCCGCGUACCCGGGCUACGACGCUUCUGCCGGCCAAGCGGGGCCGUGGUCCAUGCAAGUAAAGGAUACCGACGGCGGUGUCCUCGACAAUCACGGGUUGACCGCCAUUUACUCUCGCGGCUCGACUGGCAUCCGAUGGGGAUACAUGGCCGCACUUGACAAAGCCGCUGUUGCGCAGAUCCCGCUGCAGUGUGUCGACGGCCAAGGCAUUCAGGGCCGUGUGCCCACUGGCGUCUCGGGCUAUACCUGGGAGAACCUCGCGGUCGCAGAGAUUCCGUACGACGCUCUACUCAUGUACUUUGUCAACGGCACCGAGGUCAAGCCGUAUUCGCAUUACACGCUCAACGGCACGCAGAUCGACGGAGUCUUCCUGGGAUCUGAGGGCUAUACGACGUGGGGUUUCAAGAAGGAGACAACUUCUGAUCAAGGAACUUUUUGGGAGGCCAGAUUAUUGGGCGCCAACAGUGAAGAUCCUUCAACCGGCAAACCGCUGUUUGAUGGGGAGAUUACUGGCUUUCUUAAAGUUUAUGGCUCUUGAACUCUCGGCUUAGCACUUCCGGUGGGAGAUGCCACCACAUUCUUACGCGUAAAUUAGGGAGUUCGGCGAGGCAAGUCAUCCGACAUGUUGAUGUUCCGACUGAAAGGGCCGAACACACCAACUAUCCGGUCUUGGCCGUACCUACUACGUGCUAUUGUUUCUUCUUUUUCUUCCAUCACGUUUUCAUGUUCAUUCUUUCAUCCAAUGAUGUGCCGCUUGGGCCGCGGGUGAGAGUCAAGAUGCCACAAAUAGAAGGUUUCGAAACAUUACAGAUUGUCCGCACUUGGACCGCAU